UUAGAUGUCAUCCUUAAAACAGACAAGGUUCCACAUUGUCUGAAGACCCGCUUGUUUAACAGUGGAGCUCGAAUUGAAAUUUUUCGGUGCCACUUCACGCAAUGUCUGAAUGGAAAAAGUCAAUCGACAACUGUUCAAAUGUUUUUAUACAAAUUGAAACAUCUAGAAAUGUCUAAAGAUGUCUUCCUUUCUUUGUUUUAUAUGCCACAGUACAGUAACUUCAGAUACCAAUGAAGAUAUGCGAGAGAAAUAUCGCGAAGUUGUGGGCAUGCAUCUUUGCCCUGACUCCCAUCUAUGCUACAUCUGUUGUCAUGUUCUAAACAAACUGUGGCUCUUUAGAGCGAUCUGCUUGAAGCGUAGCCUGGAAUACCCCGUGCUAUUUAGUGAAAAAGGAACCUUAAAUCUUCAAAGAAAUGAUUUAGAAAUACAUACUGUAUGCACCGAAGACACUUGUGGUCAAUACCAUCACAGAAAUAUCAACUCAAAAACGUACAAUUUCCGUUUUAAUUACAACUGUCAAAAUGAAUACAACUUCGACAGCUAUAAUGAUCAAAAUCAUGGAUACAAUUUAGACAAUCAAUAUGUAGCAAUGGAUGAUCAUAAUGAAUUUGAUAAAUAUUUCCAAAACGACACUACAAAGUAUAGUCCGUAUACUGAAUCUAAUGAAGACGCACAAAGUUUGUGUCAUUCAAAAACAGACAGUAAUGAAAAUAAUGGCGAAAUAAUUGGUGAUAACGAAAAUAAUAAUGAUGUUUCGAAUAGGAAUGAAAAUAAUAAUGGUAUUAAUUCCAUUGACAAUGAUAAUCAAAACAUUAACAGUGAAAUUGUGGAAGAAACCUUUCAAAUAAAUCCAGAGCUAAAUGAAAACAUAAAAGAAUUAGAAAACAAUAUUAACGAAAAUGAGGUUAAUAAAUUGGACGAGUUUAACCUAAAUGUUGAUAAAAAGUUAAAGAAUAAAGAGAAGAAAAGAAAAAAGAAAUAUGAAAAGAUAAUUCUCAGCCCAGAAGAACAAAAAGUAGACAUAGAAAGAAGAAGAAAAGAAAAGAAGUAUAUAGAAGCUGAAUUUAAGUGUUAUAAUUGUGCAUUGGGGUUUCUUUUUAAAGAUACCUAUCAAACGCAUAUGUUAAGGCAUGAAGAGUCAAACGGCGAAUAUCGAUGCUCCACAUGUACACUCCGUUUCGCGUCACCGUCGGUGCUACGUUCGCAUACGUCGUCACACGGCGAACGCUACAAAUGUCGACGUUGCAAUGAAAUUACGACGGCGCGAGCUCGACGAACUCACACACGACGUUGUUGGAUGAGUACGGAGGGAGUCUCUUGCCACCUUUGUGGUAGCAUUUUUCAAGACCCCAACGGCUUACAACAACACUUGAAACGUUUCCACCAAUCAUCGAAUUCGAACCGAUCAUACCCUUGUAGCGUCUGUGGCAAGACUUAUUCGAAGCAAGCAGCGGUUAGAACACAUAUGAUAAAACAUAUAAACAGAAAAUUCAAUUGCGACAAAUGCACGUCGACCUUCAGCAAUCCCUACACGUUGAAUCAGCACAAGAAAAAACACGAUCAAACGAAUUCAACCAUGUAUUAUUGUACAACAUGUUGCAUAGGGUACAGCACCAGAAAAAGCUUACUUGCACAUAAAAGGAAUGCAUUAGCGCAUCAACAGACCGUGUUUGAAUGUCCAAUUUGUUCUCGUGUAAGCCCAAACCAACGCUCCUUGACCAGGCACAUGGAGUCAGUUCACUAUGGCAAGAAGAGUUCAAGACCUUCAGUGAAGCAGAAUGGGGAGAAGAAACGAGUCGCUCUUUGCCAUUUGUGCGGAGCUAACUUCAAGGGCAAUAACAAACUUAACCGCCAUCUUCAACAAGUCUGCGAAAAGGCGAAGUUAGAAGAGGAAUUCGCCAGUCUAUAUGAUCAGGAAUGCUUGAACGCGACAUAACAGCUGACAAGAACACAUUUCUGACAACACGAAAAUUGCCUGCAAGAUGUGGAAUGGGCUUCUUUGUGAAGUAUUUCUUUUACACUGUGACAUGGGGUUCAACGAUCAAAGAUAGGGUGUGAAUUAAAACCCAAUCAACCCGCCCGGGCUUUAACCAGGAUUUUACCCAAAGCGCCUUAGCCAAAGGUUUAAAACUCAUUUCUACCCAAAAUCGUAGGCAGUCAUUAUACGCGUGAAAGAAUAAGGGAGUUGUUAUAAUUUCAUACUUAUUAAAAUUUUUUUUCAUCACACUUACUCGUAAGUAGUAUGAUUGCAUGGUGGCUAACUUGACUCUAAUGCCCCAAAUAAAACCCUCGGGCCUUUUUCUUCCCAUUACGUUACUUUUUUUUUUUAUUUGUAACACGACAUUCUUCCUCAUAUAGAUCAGGUUCAAGUUCAAGUAAGGAGGUUACUUAAGUCCAAAAUUAAAACAUUCGCUUAAAAUGUUAUCUAAACAGAAUUUAAAUUGCAAUUCAGCCACGUACUACUUAAAUAC